UCAUCCCUCUCCCUCCAUAGGUGCUGGUGGAAUGAGCGUUGCGUGUGUUUUGAAGAGAAAAGCAGUACUGUGGCAGGACUCGUUCAGCCCCCACCUGAAGCAGCACGCUCAAGAUACAGCUAAUCCCAACAUGCCUGUUGUACUGACAUCUGGAACAGGGUCCCAGGCUCAGCCACAGCCAGCUGCAAAUCAGGCCCUUGCAGCAGGGACACACUCCAGUCCUGUUCCUGGAUCCAUUGGAGUUGCUGGUCGCUCCCAGGACGACGCCAUGGUGGAUUACUUCUUCCAGAGGCAGCAUGGUGAGCAGCUUGGGGGAGGAGGAAGUGGUGGAGGCGGCUAUAAUAACAGCAAACAUCGCUGGCCUACUGGGGAUAACAUUCAUGCAGAACAUCAGGUGCGUUCCAUGGAUGAACUGAAUCAUGAUUUUCAGGCUCUUGCUCUGGAAGGACGGGCUAUGGGAGAGCAGCUGUUGCCGGGUAAAAAGUUUUGGGAAUCUGAUGAUUCCAGCAAAGAUGGACCAAAAGGGAUAUUUCUGGGAGAUCAGUGGAGAGACAGUGCUUGGGGAGCAUCAGAUCACUCUGUUUCCCAACCAAUUAUGGUGCAGAGAAGACCUGGUCAGGGGUUUCAUGUGAAUAGUGAAGUCAACUCAGUGCUUUCACCACGGUCAGAGAGUGGAGGACUUGGAGUUAGCAUGGUGGAGUAUGUGUUGAGCUCAUCUCCUGGAGAUUCCUGCCUAAGGAAAGGAGGAUUUGGGCCGAGGGAUGCAGAGAGUGAUGAGAAUGACAAAGGGGAUAAGAAAAAUAAGGGCACAUUUGAUGGUGAUAAAUUAGGAGAUCUGAAGGAGGAGGGGGAUGUGAUGGAUAAAACCAAUGGUUUGCCUGUGCAGAAUGGGAUCGAUGCAGAUGUCAAAGACUUCAGCCGCACACCCGGGAACUGCCAGAACUCUGCUAGUGAGGUCGAUCUGCUGGGCCCAAACCAGAACGGAUCAGAGGGCUUAGCCCAGCUGGCAAGUACUAAUGGUGCCAAGCCCGUGGAGGACUUCUCCAAUAUCGAAUCCCAGAGUGUCCCCCUGGAUCCCAUGGAGCACGUUGGCAUGGAGCCUCUUCAGUUUGAUUAUUCGGGCACUCAGGUUCCUGUGGACUCGGCCGCAGCCACCGUGGGGCUCUUUGACUACAAUUCCCAACAGCAGUUGUUCCAAAGACCGAAUGCGCUUGCUGUUCAGCAGCUGACAGCAGCGCAGCAGCAGCAGUAUGCCUUGGCAGCUGCCCAUCAGCCUCACAUAGGUUUAGCUCCUGCUGCCUUUGUCCCCAACCCGUACAUCAUCAGCGCCGCUCCGCCGGGAACCGACCCCUACGCCGCCGGACUCGCAGCCGCUGCCACGUUAGGCCCAGCAGUUGUUCCUCACCAGUACUAUGGAGUUACUCCCUGGGGAGUGUAUCCUGCCAGCCUCUUCCAGCAGCAAGCGGCCGCCGCUGCCGCCGCCACCAACUCGGCCAGUCAGCAGACAACCCAGCAAACCCAGCAGGGCCAGCAGCAGGUUCUCCGUGGAGGAGCCAGUCAGCGCCCGCUGACCCCCAACCAGAACCAGCAGGGACAGCAGACUGACCCGCUGGUGGCCGCCGCAGCCGUCAACUCUGCCCUUGCCUUUGGGCAGGGGUUGGCAGCAGGGAUGCCAGGUUACCCAGUGCUGGCUCCUGCUGCUUACUAUGACCAAACGGGUGCUCUGGUGGUGAAUGCAGGGGCCAGGAACGGUCUGGGGGCCCCUGUCCGCCUGGUGGCCCCUGCUCCUGUCAUCAUCAGCUCCUCUGCAGCUCAAGCAGCGGUUGCAGCGGCUGCAGCUUCAGCCAACGGGGCAGCGGGUGGCCUGGCAGGAACCACAAAUGGACCAUUCCGCCCUCUGGGAACUCAGCAGCCCCAACCCCAGCCCCAGCAGCAGCCCACCAACAACCUGGCAUCCAGCUCCUUCUAUGGCAACAACUCUCUGAGCAGCAAUUCCCAGAGCAGCUCGCUCUUUUCUCAGGGCUCUGCCCAACCUGCCAACACUUCCCUGGGCUUCGGGAGCAGCAGCUCUCUCGGUGCCACGCUGGGGUCUGCGCUGGGAGGAUUUGGGACAGCAGUUGCUAACUCCAACACGGGCAGUGGCUCCCGCCGAGACUCCCUUACAGGGAGCAGCGACCUGUACAAGAGGACAUCCAGCAGUUUGACACCUAUAGGACACAGUUUUUAUAAUGGCCUUGGGUUUUCCUCCUCUCCUGGACCUGUGGGAAUGCCUCUGCCCAGCCAAGGACCUGGCCACUCGCAGACUCCACCACCUUCCUUAUCCUCACAUGGAUCAUCUUCAAGUUUAAACCUGGGAGGGCUCACAAAUGGCAGCGGCCGCUACAUCCUCUUCCCUUCCUCCCGCCUGCGCUAUGGGAUGUCGGAUGUGAUGCCCUCUGGUCGGAGCAGGCUCCUCGAGGACUUCCGCAAUAACCGCUAUCCCAACUUACAGCUGAGGGAGAUCGCUGGGCACAUCAUGGAGUUCUCCCAGGAUCAGCACGGAUCCAGGUUUAUUCAGCUGAAACUGGAACGUGCAACCCCAGCAGAACGUCAGCUCGUGUUCAACGAGAUCCUCCAGGCAGCCUAUCAGUUGAUGGUCGAUGUGUUUGGAAAUUAUGUCAUCCAGAAGUUCUUUGAAUUUGGCAGCCUGGAACAGAAGUUAGCCUUGGCAGAACGUAUCCGUGGGCAUGUUCUGUCCCUGGCUCUGCAGAUGUAUGGCUGUAGGGUGAUCCAGAAGGCCCUGGAGUUUAUUCCCCCAGACCAGCAGAACGAGAUGGUUCGGGAGUUGGAUGGCCACGUCCUCAAGUGUGUGAAGGACCAGAAUGGUAAUCAUGUGGUGCAGAAAUGCAUUGAGUGUGUGCAGCCUCAGUCCCUGCAGUUCAUCAUUGACGCCUUCAAGGGACAGGUUUUCGCGUUGUCGACACAUCCAUAUGGCUGUCGUGUGAUCCAGAGGAUCCUCGAGCACUGUCUUCCUGAGCAGACCCUUCCCAUCCUGGAGGAACUUCAUCAACACACCGAGCAGCUCGUUCAGGAUCAGUAUGGGAACUAUGUUAUCCAGCAUGUACUAGAACAUGGUCGGCCCGAGGAUAAGAGCAAGAUUGUAGCAGAAAUUAGAGGCAACGUGCUGGUGUUGAGUCAACAUAAAUUUGCUAGCAACGUGGUGGAGAAGUGCGUCACUCACGCCUCCCGCACGGAGCGUGCCAUGUUGAUCGAUGAGGUGUGCACUAUGAACGACGGCCCUCACAGUGCCUUAUACACCAUGAUGAAAGAUCAGUAUGCCAACUACGUGGUGCAGAAGAUGAUUGAUGUGGCAGAGCCAGCUCAGCGGAAGAUUGUCAUGCACAAGAUCCGGCCUCACAUCGCCACCCUGCGCAAGUACACCUAUGGCAAACACAUCCUGGCCAAGCUGGAGAAAUACUACAUGAAGAACGGGGUGGACCUGGGGCCUAUUUGUGGUCCCCCAAAUGGCAUCAUCUGAGGUGGUGCAUCGGGGAGCAGCACCCUGGGCCCCGCCAACCAGCAACCGCCACAAUUCCAGUCCACAGGCAGAAAAGGUUUAAUGGUUGCUACAAACAAGAGAAAAAGAAGAAAAAAAACACAAAAAAACAUGAAAAGCCUUUGUAAAUUUCUUUAAUUUUAUUAUGCAUAACAUGUACUAAUUAUUUUUUUUAAUUAACUAAUUGCCCUGCUGUUUUACCAGUGUAUAGAAUACUUGUACAUAGGGAUCCAAUGUACAUGGAAGGCCACGUUUUUGUUCACUGUUGUAUCUAUAUUCCAAUUGUGGAAACU